UAAACAUCAAUAACGUCAUGACAACUGCUGAGGAGGAGCUUUGGCCGAGUUUCCUUCUUGAACUACAGCAGUCUUCAGCUGUUGAGCCCAACCAGAAGGGAUACAAAAUGACUGUUUCAGCAAUGAACAAGUUUCCAACAGCCUUGGGCUCCAGGGUGAAGAGGGGCCCCUGUGAUAUGAGACUCCACAGCAGCGUGGCACUGUGGUGCGGGUAUCUCCUAUUGCUGGGACAAUCCAACCUCGCUGAUGUGGCAACAUGCCCUGCACAGUGUCACUGCCAAAAACCUGUACCAUGCCAUCCAAGUGUGCCCCUGGUUCUGGAUGACUGCAGAUGCUGCUCAGUUUGUGCUCGGCAAUUCAACGAGGAAUGCAGCUUGCUUCAACCAUGUGACCGUGACCGCGGGCUCCGCUGCCAGCUGGAAGCAAGACCAAAUGCCACAACUGGGAUCUGUAGAGCCAGCAGCCCGGGGCGGCCUUGCUUCUUGAGCGGCAGAGUUCACCAACAUGGCGAGAGCUUCAUGAAGGGUUGCCGGCUGCAGUGCAGCUGCCGGGACGGUAGGGCCCAAUGCUCCCCGCUCUGCUCCGGGAAGCUGCCAGCAGCGCCUGCCUCCUGCGCGGACGCUCGGCCCGUCAAGGUGGCUGGCACCUGCUGCGAGCGAUGGAAGUGCCUGACACCCCUAUCCAAGGACCACAAGGGAUGGCCCCCAGCCAAAUGGAAGGAGUUUGCCGCCGGCCCUGGGAAAGCGGUGAAGUCGCGAAAUGCAAUGCACCCUAAGUUGGGAACAAAACACAAGAGCCUGAAGACCGACGGCCUAGAUGUCAAACGCCUCUUUGGCUUCCCUGAGCCAAAAGGUCAAUUCAAGAGACAAAGCUUCAGCUACUCUGACUGCAUGGUCAAGAGCACAGAGUGGUCGGCAUGCUCGCAGACCUGUGGCAUGGGAAUUUCAUCCAGACUGAGCACCAACAACACCUGGUGCCAUCCGAAAUGGGAGACCAGGCUGUGCCAGAUCCGGCCCUGUGAUAUGCUCAAUGAGGUCAAUCUCCAGGGAGGCAAGAAGUGCCUGAAUAGCCUGAAGGAGAUGGAGCCCAAGUUCUUUACUUACGAAAGUUGCACCAGCCUGAGGAAAUACAAGCCCAAGUACUGUGGCCUGUGCACAGAUGGCCGCUGCUGUUACCCAGCUGAGACCAGGACCACGAAAGUACGUUUCUACUGCUUGGUCAGAGGAUUCAUUAUGAAGCGUGUCAUGAAGAUCAAGAGGUGCGAAUGCAGCCAGCAAUGCCAGCAGCAGAAUAUCCACUUCUGGCUAGACGUUGAGGAACCAUAUGGAUCCAUUGACCAGCAGAUCCAUUAAAGGAAUCCGUGGCAAUUUCUAAAACCCUUGGUACAUUCCAGGUUACAACUGACCUGCAGUGUUCAAUGGUUUCAUUGAUCUGUAUUUGGCUUGUUGAUUGUUCUAUGAUCACUGUGCUUGAUUGAUUAAGCUUAGGAGCAGCAUCCGAGCACUAAAAUAAACAGAAACUUGCAGAAAGACCUAAGAAACUCAUUGUGGGCUGAAGGGCUUGUUCACGUGCUGGAUAGUGCAGUUCUAAUCCAGAAUUGUGAAGAUGAUUUAAAACUCACUUUCUGCUUUGCCCUGAGCUAAAUGGUAUAAAGUCUACAGCUAACCAGUGAAUAAACAGCGGAUUCUGAAGUUAGCCCACAGGCCUCCCACUGGAGUCUGAAUGCCAAGUGCCCUCUUUCAGGGGGAACUAUUCUGACACAGUAUUGUUCUGCUGUAUCAUUGCUAUGACACAUUUCACUUUGGUAUCCGUGUUGGGAAAACCUUUCACAUUUUAAAAUUAAAUUCCUAAAAGCCUGGAAGCGGUAAUGUACCUGACAAUCAAGUGCAUCGAUUGUAAAUUAACAAUUUCCACGUUAAGAUGACAGACACAGCACUGUGCCCAGAAACUCAGCAUGUCCCAUGGCAGUUUCAAAUUCAUUCUUGACACCUUUCCUUGAAGGUAGCAAGGUUUUCAAUUAUGUAAAGAUUCCUGUCUCUUUUUAUACCACCUUUUGAAAUAUGCAUUUAUUGUCUAAGUCUUGCUGAGCUUGCUGUUGUAUGUUUUACGCAAAAUAAAGUCAAGAAACAAA